GCUGCCCUGGGUGGCGGACCGCGGGCAGGCGCGGGGGGUCUCCCGCCGCUUCGUCCUCCUCCUUUGCUUUCCCUUUCGGAAGAGCGGCGCUCCGGCAACCCGGAAGUGGGGAGCGCUUGCCUGCUGAUUUCCCUGCCUCUUUGGGCUGCCAGGACUCAAGGAAAAGGGGCCGCCUUGACUCGAUUCCCGCAAGCUGCCCAGCUCUCAUGGAUCCCUGACUGAGUCGCUGCGCCACCUCCCCGGCUGCCCGUCCUGUUCUGACUGCUGCACAGGACACGGCCGCAUCAUGGCGCUGGCCCCUGCCGCGGGCCUCCAGGACAUGACAUGGAGAGGUCGCACCCAAGGGACCUCCCUGCGCUAGGCUACCCGUGCAAGAACAUGGGUCGGGACGGACAGGGCAGGGAGAGCUGCCCCUUGGAGAGCGAGGGGGCAGCCGUCGGGGGCCUGCUGCUCUUGGCACUGAAUGGGUGCCAGGAGACCAAGCGGCGCAGGCCGGAGAACGGAGACGCUGAGGGCGAAGGGGCGUCCAAGCGCCCCCGGGGGGAUCCAGCCCAACAACACGUCCCCGUCAGCCGGCUGGCUCUGGACUACGUGGUGCCGUGCAUGAGCCUCUACGGGAUUUGCGUCAAAGACUCCUUUCUCGGGGAACCCCUGGGCGCCCGGAUCUUGGCCGAGGUCGAGGCCCUCCACCACAGCGGGAAGUUCCAGGACGGGCAGCUGGUGAGCCAGAGGACGGUUCCUUCCCAGAGCAUCCGUGGAGACCAGAUCGCCUGGGUGGAGGGCCGAGAGCCUGGCUGCCAAGCCAUUGGUGUCCUCGUGGCCCGCGUCGACGAGCUGAUUGUGCACUGCGCCGGAAAGCUGGGGGGUUACGACAUUAACGGCAGAACCAAGGCCAUGGUGUCCUGUUAUCCUGGCAGUGGCAUGGGUUAUGUGCGGCAUGUGGACAACCCUCACGGAGACGGACGCUGUGUCACGUGCAUUUAUUACCUAAACCGGCAGUGGGAUAGCAAGGUCCAUGGCGGCAUCCUGCAGAUCUACCCAGAGGGGCGUCCGGUUGUGGCCAACAUUGAGCCCAUCUUUGACCGCCUCCUUAUCUUCUGGUCUGACCGGCGAAAUCCCCACGAAGUGAAGCCAGCCUAUGCUACAAGGUAUGCCAUCACGGUCUGGUAUUUUGAUGCCAAGGAGCGGGCAAGAGCGAAAGAGAAACGCCAGCUGGCAGCUGCUCAGAAGGAAGGGGGUCCCUCUCCAGAAACCCCAACCUCGAACAGCCCCACUUGAGACAGCGGGAUCUCGCCGCGGAGACGUGGGAGCCAAAAACCUUUCCCUUUCUUUGGCCAUUUCAAGCCGCCCGCUGCCGCUGCUGCCAUUGUUGCUGCUGCCGCCGCCGCCGCCACCGUUGCCGCCGCCUGGGUCUGCUGCUGCUCCCCUCCCCCACCGGCCCGGGCCAGAUGCAGCGGAAAGGGAAGGACGGUCCUGUGCGGUCACCCAGCCCAGGAGGAGGAGGAGAAUGGGUUGUAGAGCGAGGGCAGGGGUGGGCUGAGAAGGAAUCCUGCACCCUUGUGUGCGUGUGCGUGUGCGUGUGCGUGUGCGUGUGUGUGUGUGUGUGUGUGUGUGUGUGUGUGUGUGUGAGAGAGAGAGAGAGAGAGAGAGAGAGAGAUCAACAUAGGGAGAGCCCAUGGGUUUUAGGGUCCCUUGUUGCAUUUCUUCAUCUAAGCCAAGAGUUCCCCAAACCUAAGGAGGGGGGUUGCUCUCCACCUCCCGGGGGGGUGUUUGCUGUCCCCCCCCCGGUGCCUGUUUGGUCCUGCUGCUCAUUUUAAUCCACCUUUGAAUCUCCAAAGAGCAGGGAAACCUGGGAGGGAGCAGAGAGAGAAAAAUUAAAAGAUUGCGACUGGGGUGGUGGUGGUGGUGGGGAAAUGGAGAGCGAAUGAAAACCAGCUCUUGUACUGACUCUGAGAUGGGACGGAAUAAACAUUACCUCAUGAAAA